AUGAUUAAAGAUGGAAUUUUUCCGUUCAUUCAAGAGGACUACAUGUCGGAAUGUAGAAAACUUGACUCUUUGAAUGAUUUACGUAGAAAUUUUGAUGAAGUAAAGAUGAUUGUCCGAACUAAUUAUUCACUAGUUUCCAUUUUCUGGAAAGACCGUCAUAAAGAAACUAACAAAAUAUUGUCAAGUCAUUUUGAUUUUGAUGAUGAUUUAUCAUAUUAUACUGGUUCUAAAUUAUUUGUAUUUGAUGAGCGGGAUCAUGAUGACGAAGAUGUAAUUUGUAUCAAGACCAUGCUGAUGAUUUAUCAUUACUUUAUAGUUUCACGUGAGACAAUGACAAGAAUUAGAUCAGAGGCUUUUGUUCCAUUUCUUUAUUAUGUUGAAGAGAAUGUAUUGAAGGAAGUGUUUGAUUGUGCCAAGAAAUUGAAAAAGGAGGCAUAUAAUGGACAGGUGAGACAAUUCGAAACUGGAAUUGGAAUUUUGGAGGCUUGGCAGAAAAUUGUUUUACAUUUAUAUACUAAAUUACAAGUUGACAUUUUCAGUUAUCGAUAUUUACCUAUUUCGGAUAUGGAAAAAUAUUACAAUUCAUGUUUUGUAAUGCUGACUACGUUGAAAUAUAUGAAGGAAAAGAAGGUCAAGUAUUUGAAGGAAAACAAUGACCAAAAUUGGAAACAAGAGAACCAACCUUUAAUGGGUUCUAAUAUUUCGUUUUGGCCUCCAUUCCUUAAAGAUAUCUUUUCAAUUGAAAUCGAUGAAUUGGAUGAAUUAAGAUCAAAAAUUUUAAACUGUAUUCCAAUUUACAUUGAAUUAAUUUAUAAACUUACUGGGCUAAGCUUGGAGGAUGAUACAGAGGAUUUAAAAGUAGAUGCAACGAAAAUGUUAACUCUUGCAAAACUAGCAAAUACUGACGACACAAGGUGGAGUCAUUUGUUUUCCUUAAUGAAGAAAGAUUACGAAGAAGUUAAGGAUAUGGAAGCUUCGAAUAUUACGAACGAACAAUCUGAAAACUUUGGAGAUCAUGUGUACAUUGUUAAAGGCAAAAUAAUGAACACUCUUGGAUUUGUAUUGAUGGAAAAGGAGUACGAAGACCAGGAUGAACUGAUAAUUAGGCAUGAUAUUCUCUUACGUGUUUCAGUACUUCUACAAUUUAAAGAUUUAAUAAUUGAAAACUUGAAGAGAAACGAAAUUAAAACACAAUACGAAGGACUUUUGAGAGAGUCAGCUAAUAUCAUUUCAUUACCUGCUGUAUGCCUUGAUGUGGACAAGUUGGAAGAAAUACCAGAAGAGUUUAAACAGAUGAUUUCUUGCAUUUUAGAAAUAUGGAAAAAUUCUUUAUUCUCUAGCAAUAGAAUCAUCAGAAGUUCUGCUAAUAGGACUAUUGCCCGUUACUUCCUCGAAAAAGAGAAGUGCUCUGAUGAUUUACUGGGAACAAUAAUCAAUGCUGGCCAAGCCAAUAUCACAAAUAUCAAGGAAUAUUGUGAAAUGCUGGAAAAUGUUAGUUGCUGCUUUGAUGUCAAUAAUAUGAACGGUUCAAUGUUGGAGAGAUUUAGACAGCUUAUCAGCAAUCUGUUUGAAACCAUAAUAAUGAGCGACACAAUCGAAUACUUGAAAGAUAUGCAAGAUUUAAGUGAUGAAGAAAAAUUAGAAACACACAAAGAAAAUGUUAUAGAAUGCUUUGACAUGAUUGAGACAUUAUUUGGAUUUAUUAAUGAUAAUAUUAAAUUUGAAAAGAUUCUUUUGGUUAUUAAGAAAAAGACUGAGGAAAUAUUUGAGAAAGAUGAGUUUAAGCUAAAUGACGAAUUAAUAUUAUCAACCACCAAAGCCAUGGCCAAAAUAAUCAAAGAAACAGAUCUAAACGCAUUGUCGAGAGUUUUUGAACAGUUUGAUUUUUAUCCAUUCCUUACCAAGUUCAUUAGAAUUGUAAUUUCAAAAAAGAAAGUAGAUACUGCUAUGAGCAAUACACUAGCUGAUAUUGGAUCAUUAGCUGUCCUAAUUGAAAAUCUUUACGAGAAGGGAUUAUUGAUUCAUUGUCCAUUUGAUGUGAAUGAAAUUCAAUCAGAAGAAAAGAAGGAUUUUCUCUAUGAUUACUUGUUUAACGAACUUAUUGAGGCAUCCAUUCCAUCAGAAGCCCUGCUCACCCAUUUAUCACUCAUUAUCCCAUCAUUUCCAAGUAUUGUUCAGAGUUUACAGCUUUCCGCUUCGGCUUUGAGUUCAAUCAUUCUCAAUGAAAUUGUACAAAAUGGAGGAGAGCAAUUACUCUCUCAUGUAACUGAUGAACAUUUUGAAACUGCUCAUUUGGCAUUGAUGAAAUUAUCAAACAUUGACCUAUUCGAGGAGGUAUUGAUUGCUAUAUUAUUAUUAACAAGAAAUCGUAGCUUUGCAAUUAGUCUAUAUGACUUUCUGCCAAACCUUUUAGUCUAUCCCUUCAAAGCUACAGUUCCAAAGGAAAAGCAAUUUCUCAUCUUUGGCUGUAUUUUUGAGUUUGUAGAAUACUUGUUUGAUACCGAUUCACUGGAUGUUGAAGAUCAUGAUUUUACAAAUGUUUUAUUUAUUCUGAGACAUCUAGAUCAGUUCCCUAUCUCUGUUAAAAUUCAAGCUCAGAGAGUUAUUAGAAAAAUAGAAACAUUGGAAUCGAGCUACUCAUCUGAUAGUGAUACUAGUGAUAGUAGCUAUAGUAGUGAUGAAUAA